GCGGCAGUCUGUGUGAGGGCGGCGGAGCCGGCGCGUCCAUCGGCUUCUCCUCUCCGGCCGCUUCCAGCCGCUCCCACCGCUGCUCCCCGACCCGUGGCUCGCAGCACCGAGUCCUGUCGGCCGGAGGUGAGCGCUCUGAGGCUUCUCCCCUUGUCGCCCAGUCGGAACUAUCGCCCUCCGCGCGGCCGUGAGGAGGCUGAGGCUGCCCCUUCCCCCCGCUCCCGGCCUGCCGACGUGGGGUGCCUCUUCUGCCCGUUUCCUUCCUCCCCGGGGAAAUAAUGAAAAAAGUGUGCCACAACUCUUGAUCAGAGACCUGAAGUUUGAGAAGCCAUUAGCUAAGCUCAUGUUUUCUCCUGAUCAAGAAAAUCAUCCAUCAAAAGCACCAGUCAAAUAUGGUGAAUUGAUUGUAUUGGGGUACAAUGGGUCUCUCCCAAAUGGAGAUAGAGGAAGAAGGAAAAGUAGAUUUGCUUUAUUUAAAAGGCCCAAGGCAAAUGGGGUGAAACCCAGCACUGUGCACAUUGCCUGUACCCCUCAAGCAGCAAAGGCAAUAAGUAAUAAGGACCAACACAGCAUAUCGUACACUUUGUCUCGGGCCCAGACAGUGGUAGUUGAAUAUACACAUGACAGCAACACAGAUAUGUUCCAGAUUGGUCGGUCAACGGAGAGUCCUAUAGACUUUGUAGUAACAGAUACAGUUCCUGGGAGUCAGAGUAAUUCAGAUACACAGUCUGUGCAGAGCACAAUAUCAAGGUUUGCCUGCAGAAUCAUAUGUGAACGUAACCCUCCCUUUACAGCAAGAAUAUAUGCUGCAGGAUUUGACUCCUCAAAAAACAUUUUUCUUGGGGAGAAAGCUGCAAAGUGGAAGACAUCAGAUGGGCAAAUGGAUGGACUAACAACAAAUGGAGUUCUUGUUAUGCAUCCUCGUAAUGGAUUCACAGAAGACUCCAAGCCAGGGGUGUGGAGAGAGAUUUCUGUGUGUGGGAAUGUGUUCAGCCUCCGUGAAACCAGAUCAGCUCAACAGAGGGGGAAAAUGGUUGAGAACGAGACGAACCAGCUGCAGGACGGCUCCCUGAUCGAUCUAUGUGGGGCGACGCUGCUGUGGCGCACGGCCGAGGGGCUCUCGCGCACACCGACUGUCAAGCACCUGGAGGCUCUGAGGCAGGAGAUCAACGCAGCCAGGCCCCAGUGCCCCGUGGGCUUCAACACCCUGGCCUUCCCCAGCAUGAAGAGAAAAGAUGUUGUAGACGAAAAGCAGCCGUGGGUGUACCUGAACUGCGGCCACGUGCACGGCUACCACAACUGGGGGAACAAAGAGGAGAGGGACGGCAAGGACCGCGAGUGCCCCAUGUGCCGCUCUGUUGGCCCCUACGUGCCUCUGUGGCUCGGGUGUGAAGCGGGGUUUUAUGUGGAUGCCGGACCUCCAACUCACGCAUUCAGCCCAUGUGGACAUGUAUGCUCAGAAAAGACAACUGCAUAUUGGUCCCAAAUUCCUCUUCCUCACGGUACUCACACUUUUCACGCAGCCUGUCCCUUCUGUGCGCAUCAGCUGGCUGGUGAGCAGGGUUACAUCAGGCUCAUUUUCCAAGGGCCUCUCGACUAACACAGGUGUUCCUAAGGACUGCAGUAAACUGAUAAGCUAAGCGAUUCUCAUUUUUAAACCAACUGUUUUUCGUAUUCUCUGGGCUUUGCUGGUUUGCAUUAAGAUGAAGAAUUUUUUGGGUUUUUUUUUUUGUUACAACAGCUAAAUCCCUCUUUAUUGAGAAAAGUCUGGAAAUAGAAGAAAUAGGGGGAGAAGGAGGAGACCUGCUUUUUUUAGUUAAUAACUACUGAAGAGGUGAAGGAAGUGUUGUAGAGUGAACUUCAAUACCUUCAGUUUAAUGGUUUUUUGAAUCACAUGCCCACAGUGUUUGAAAGGUGUUUCAUUCUUUUUGUAUAUGGAGGGUAAAUAGUUCAAAGAACAUUAGUUUACAACUUGGAUGCAAACAUUGUAAAAUAUAACAUGUAUAUUAACUCUUUUCUAUUUAUCUUUAUUAUUGAAAAUACUUAGAAUGUUUAGAGAGUAGCAUGGUCAUAGUGUGUUACAUCCAGCAAUUGGAUGUGUAGAGUAGUUCUGGAUGGAGAAGAACGUGGGAUGAAAACGGUAAAAAAAUCUUUUAAUCUAAAAUACUGAGUUCUUAGAAUAGUUAAAAUGCUUUUUAAACCAAGCUAAUGCAAAUUAUGAUGGAAUAAAAUUGUGCUUUAACCACGUUGAAAGGUAGCUAAGAAGGACUUCUUAAAAUGUCUUUUUGGUAGGACUGUACUUAAGAUCUGGUUAUGAGGAGAAUAUUUACCAGACUCUUCGAAUAUGCAACUUAGUCUAGAUUAAGGAUUUUUUUUCUCCUUCACGCUAACACUUCUCUUUAUUUAGCAUUAGUGACAUUUGUGAAGGUUUUUCCAAUGUUAGUCAUGAAAGAUGAGGCUUGUUCUGUUCCUUGCUGUUUGGGGGUGGGGGGAAACAAUGGGAGAGGUUGAUGCACCUGGGCAUGUGUGUGGGGAGCAGUUUGUGACUUGGCCACAGUCCCAGCCUGAGAGGGGUUUGUUAUCUGGAUGCUCAACCUUCCACCUGCUGACUGAUGGGGGAGGCCUCAGGCCUGGCCUUUGCCCGUCUGCCAGGUGUAGGUGCUCCUCUGGGCCCAUACAUGGGGCAGAGGUGUAGCCUGGUAGCCAGGGGAUGUGUGCCUGUGUCUCUGCAUCUGUGGGCAGCUGGGCACAGCUGAAAGUCCAUUGGGAGAGCCAGGACUGGGCUGGGCUCAGCCCCUCAGUGUGACAUGCUGCUCUCUCUGCUCUCCCCUUCCUCCCCCUCCUUCCCCUCUGUAUCCACCAGAAAAGUCCAGUGCACUACAUGCAGCUCUGCUGCCAGCCCACUGUGCUUCAUGGCAACCUGACCUUUUUAGGAUUGAUUUGAGCUUUUUCGGCCAGCUUAAUUCUUUUUUUAAUUAUGUCUGUAUAAUUGACAGUAAGAAAAUUUCUGUACUUUAUAGCAAAGCUUUAAUUUUUCUUUUGAAGCUGUUCUAAAAUUUUCUUUGUUUAAAGAAACCUGUGUUGCUUAGAUGUCAUGAAUUACUUGCUUUGACUAUCAAUUAUUUCUCCAUUUUUAAAAAGAAAUUAUAUAUAUUGUUUGGUUCACUCAGGAAAUGCAUGUGUCAGGAAACCUGUACUAUAAGUUCAGUUAGCUGUCAUGUACAAGUAACUGCUGUUACUCCCUUUCCAUAGAAAUAUAUCUGAUUUUGACAUUUUCCAGAUUAUAUGCAUUAAGUAAUGAAACUUAUGCAGAAAGAAAUCCCUGUAUUGUAGUUGUUCUAAUCAUCUUAUUCAAACUAUAGUAUACUGUAGUUUUAAUUUUUAUUUGCAAAUUAAUUUAUUUAAACUACGUGAGUAAACACUUUUCAAAAACAGAAAUUCUGGGAUUGUGGCUUUGUUUCCAAGAGAUGUGAAAGGUGGCUGGGGAUGGCCCUUUUGUUGUCACCUCAGGUGUUCCUCUGUUCUGCACAUGUGGAUUAAGGGCACAGAGAAGCAGCAGAUGUAAAGGCUUUGGACAUUUUCCCUGGUCAUGGUUUUAAAUGGCUCCUUUCAGAUGUGUCCUCUCAAUGUGUUUUAUAUUUAAUUCCGUGUUAAAGGUGAGGUUGUUGUUUAAAAAACAUAGUUAAAUGAGUAAGUUACUGAUACUGAAAUGUGAGCAAAAAACUGAACUAAAUGUCUGGGCUCUUUUAAAAUGACAA